AUGCCUUUUGGGUUGACCAAUGCACCUGCAACCUUUCAAUUUUUCAUCAACAACAUUUUCCGUGAUCUGCUCGAUACCUGUGUUGUAGUUUAUUUGGACGAUAUCUUGAUCUACUCAGCAACAUUGGAAGAACAUAUAAAGUAUGUGAGUUGGGUUCUCUCCAGGUUACAAAUUCAUCGCCUUUACGCAAAGGCUGAAAAAUGUCAGUUCCAUACACAAGAAAUAUCCUUCCGAGGAUACUUCAUUAGUCCCCAUGGGAUUCAAAUGCAACAAGAUAAAGUAGAAACUGUUACGCAAUGGCCUGAACCUAGAAACAGGAAACAAUUACAACGUUUUUUAGGUUUUAGCAAUUAUUACAGGAAAUUCAUUAAAAACUACUCCACAAUUGCUAAACCUCUUACCAAGCUCCCUAGUUCUAACUCACCCUUCAGAUGGAACCCACAAGCUAAUGAUGCCUUUCAAUUCUUAAAGAGUUCAUUCACAAUAGCACCAAUUUCUUUGCUUCCCUGA